AUGACUUCUUCCCUGGCACCUCUGACAGUUCAGAUUGCACAGAUCCAUGACAGCAAGGCAGAGGGAGGUGGAGAGAAGUGCUUUGGAAAUUGGAGCCAAGAAGGAGUGCGGUUUGACAUCUACAGGAAGGUGCCGAAAGACCUUACACAGCCAACCUACACAGGGGCUAUUAUCUCUGUCUGCUGCUGUCUCUUCAUACUGUUUCUCUUCCUGUCGGAGCUCACCGGAUUCAUAGCCACUGAAAUAGUUAAUGAGCUCUAUGUGGAUGACCCAGACAAAGACAGCGGAGGCAAAAUAGAGGUGAAUCUGAACAUCAGUUUGCCAAACCUGCAUUGUGAAUUAGUUGGACUAGACAUCCAAGAUGAAAUGGGAAGGCACGAAGUGGGUCAUAUUGACAACUCCAUGAAGAUACCUCUCAAUAAUGGGGAUGGCUGCAGGUUUGAGGGCCAUUUCAGUAUUAACAAGGUCCCUGGUAACUUUCACGUGUCAACGCACAGUGCCACUGCGCAGCCUCAGAAUCCUGACAUGACUCAUGUCAUCCACAAGCUCUCAUUUGGGGACAAGUUACAGGUCCAUAACGUUCAUGGAGCAUUCAAUGCCUUGGAGGGAGCAGACAAACUCAGCUCAAAUCCUCUUGCAUCUCAUGAUUACAUACUGAAGAUAGUCCCGACGGUGUACGAAGACAUGAGUGGCAAGCAGCGAUACUCAUACCAAUAUACUGUAGCAAAUAAGGAGUAUGUAGCCUACAGUCACACCGGCCGCAUUAUCCCAGCUAUCUGGUUUCGUUACGAUUUGAGCCCCAUCACAGUGAAAUACACAGAGAGGCGACAGCCUUUGUACAGGUUUAUCACAUCGAUAUGUGCCAUCAUUGGAGGAACAUUUACUGUAGCUGGGAUCCUCGACUCCUGCAUUUUCACAGCAUCAGAGGCCUGGAAGAAGAUCCAGCUGGGGAAAAUGCAGUAGCUGUGAAACUCUACCCUAGUCUCCAAGGACAUGAGCAAAGAUUGAGAAAUCUACCACUACCUGUUUUUGUCUUUAUUUUCUAUUUGAUUGAAUCAGUAAGUUUUUCUCUAAUCAGGCUGUUCAGUGAAGACAUCGUCAACAAAUCAAAGAAAUCUCCAUGCAUUUCAGGACUCUGAGAAUGAAAAAGCAAUGGAAUCAGGGAGUGGAUUUCAAUUCUCUCUCCCCCCAAAGAGAGGUUGAAAUGCCAUAUAUGAAAUACACUGUCAGAUCUAAGUAAGGAUAACAGUCUGUUCUCUGGGAGGUUCCUGGGGCAGUGUACAAACUAGGUAGUAGAUUGCAAAGAGCUGAGCUGUAUUGUGGCACUUUUUGGAAUUUGUUGGAUUUGCAUGAUUAGACAAUCGACUUCUGUAUAAGGAAAAAUUAUACAUUAGGAAGAAAUUCCACCUGUGGUGCCAAAAAGGUGAUGUAUCUGUUGAUGAGGAAUGGAAAGUGUUAGUCCCCGUAGCAAACUUUAGAGACAGAGGGCAGAAAUAACGUCAAGAAAUACUUUGUGCUUUUAUUGAAAGCUCUUUUGUUCAGAUAUGACCUUUCUAAUGAAAUGAGCAAACAAGAAGAGGAAGCCUUCCCCCAGCUAUCUUUUUCUGGGUAAUCUGUGAUCCAGGCAGCGGAGGGCCUUUCUUUUACUCUGGAUGUAAAAGUGGUUUCAUUUCUUCCCAGAAACUGAAUAUCCAGUCUUGUGUUUACAGGUGGCAUGAAGUAAAAACCAAACUGAGCAACACAGUUUUAUGUGGCCUUUGCUUUGAAAGGGAAUAGUUGUAUUUACAGCAUUAGCUUUUAUUCUUUCUUACGUUUUUUAAACACAGACCACCCAACAGUCU